AGUCAGCAAGGCAACAGAAAUUGCUGGAAGCGUUGUUUGUUCUGUUAACAGUGGGAAAAGCAGACAGCCCAUGUCGUCUUCUUUUAAGAGAAAAUAUGAGUUCAAGCGUGUAGGAAUUUUAUACCUGAGAGCACAUAGAGCAUCCCUGCCAUCUCCAGAGGAAAGGGUCACAAGCGGGCAGAUGUGUGCACUGUUGUGUAAUAUAUUGCCUGUAGCAUGCAUGAGUAACAGCUGAGGGAGUGACAUUGGCUUCAGUUUCCUUGAGGCAGUGGCAGUGCUAGACAUGAAUUCUCCUCUCUAUGGCAGACAUCUCUUGGACAGAGAUCAACAACCUUUUUUAAGUGUUUGCAACAAUCUCAACUCAACCUGUGUGGAGACGUUGACUCCGCAGAGCUCAUAAAUGCCUUUCAUUGAAAAAAGGCUUUGGACAUUCAUUUUUGUGAAUGUGUACAAGCAACAGAUUACUUGAUAAAGAUGGGAAAUAAGCAAACAAUCUUCACUGAUGAGCAGCUUGAUGCCUAUCAGGACUGUACAUUUUUCACUCGCAAGGAAAUUCUGCGGUUACAUGGCAGAUAUCACGAGUUGGCUCCACAUCUUGUACCAAUGGACUACACCAAUGAACCUGACUGUAAACUGCCCUUAGCAUUAAUUGUCAACAUGCCAGAGUUAAAGGAAAACCCAUUCCGCAACAGGAUUGUGGAGUCCUUCUCGGAGGAUGGGAUGGGGAACCUCAGCUUCAAUGAAUUUGUGGACAUGUUUUCAGUCCUCAGUGAAACGGCUCCUAGAGAACUGAAGGCGAUAUAUGCCUUCAAGAUAUAUGAUUUCAACGUGGAUAAUUACCUGUGCAAAGAGGACCUUGAGAAGACUCUAAAUAAGCUGACAAAAGAGGAGCUGACUCCUGAGGAGGUGGAGCUGGUGUGUGAGAAAACCAUAGAGGAGGCAGAUUUGGAUGGAGACAACAAACUCUCUUAUGCUGACUUUGAAAAUAUGAUUUCCCGGGCUCCAGAUUUUUUAAGUACAUUUCAUAUCCGCAUCUGAGAGUGUUGGAUGGAUAGUUUCUGUGGUCAGCAGGGUGCUGAACCCCAAGACUCAACCGGAACCAUGUUCUGGCUCCAACACAGUGUCAGCAUCUUACCCAGAAAAAGAUGCACAGCAAUCCUUUCCAGACUUGACUCAAGGUGUCCUUACCUCAGAACCACACAUUAUAUUACUUUAGAGACAUGUGUUUCUUCUUUUACCAAAUAAAAAAGGGCUUGAAUUAAAUUAGAAAAAAAGAUAGUCUUUUUUAUAUUUUAAGGUUAGAUUUGUGCCUGUUGUGCAAAUGAAAAACAACACUCAUCUAUCUGCAGUGCUUCCUGCAAGCUACACUGACACACUGGGUUUGCAGUUUUUAUAAGACUACGGACAAAGCUUGAGGUAUAUGAAAUCAGAGCUUUGGCUUCAAGGGCAUGCAUACUGUUUAUUCUUUAUGAACUAUGCAACAUUUUUAUAUUUACUACUUAGUUUGUGACUUGCUUUUAAAACUAGAAGAUGAUGACAAUCAUAUCUGUUAUUGAAUAUUAUAUAAAGGGCUCUGUCAUCUGAAUUAAUUUAAGUAGCUUUCAUCGUCUGCCUCAGUCAGUGUCAUGAGAUGUUAGUUACAGCCAUCUUUUGGAUUUGUAUUUUAUAUUUCAUGUGAAAUCAGAAAUUUGUUUUGAUAAAUUUUGUUUCUGUGUUCUCUGAUCAAAUUGCUUUGUGUGUCUUCUUUCGUGAGUUUUGUUGCUGUAAGUAAAAAAAAAAAAAAGAACAAAAGUUUUGUUAAUUGGGAAUAUGUCGUUUGAAGUGACCUGACCUGCUGCUUUAAUGUUAUAACCUAACCCACCCACUUGGUAUGAUCAAAGACUAUGUACAGUCAAGAUGAGGAAAUGACUGUCUCUGUAUAAUCCAUCAUAUAUGCCACAUGUAAAAAAAAAAAAAAAGGAUGUAACCAUUUGAGGCGAGCUGCUUAUACGCUUAUAAAU